AUGAAUGGUGCUAUGCAUGGAUACUUUAAAGCUAACAGGGGCCUUAGACAAGGAGACCCAAUGUCUCCUCUGUUAUUUGUUCUGGGCAUGGAGUACUUGACCCGUCUUAUGAGGAAAGUAGGGAAGAAAGAAGAUUUUAUCUAUCAUGACAGAUGUGCCACUCUUGAACUAAAUCAUCCAUGUUUUGCUGAUGAUGUUUUGUUAUUCUGCCAUGGAGAUUUUAAGUCUAUUUACCUCUUACUGCAAGGACUUAAGCUUUUUUCUCAAUCAUCAGGAUUGUACCUUGGUAUACGAAUUUGUUCAACAAAAAUAUCAGCUUUAGAGUGUGAUCUAUUGUUGGAUAAAAUGAUUAUGCUUCUGCCUAAGAGAAUCCUUCAGAAAGUAAACUCCAUUUGUAGAGCCUAUUUGUGGAAAGGUGCAUCUGAUUAUCAUGGCCUGGGUUAUGUGGCUUGGGAAUCACUUUGUAAACUAAAAAAAGAGGGAGGCUUGGGAUUUCAGAAUGUGAUAGAAUGGAAUAUUGAAGCAAUAGGGAAAUACGUAUGGGUUGUUGCAGCAAAGAAAGAUAAUCUCUGGAUUAAAUGGGUUCAUCAUGUAUAUUUGGGAGUAGCUGAUUGGUGGAGCUUUGAAGUUCCAUUGUCGAGUAGCUGGUACUGGAAGCAAAUUGUGGCUGUUAAAAACAUGUUUAAACGGUGCAUAGAUACUCAAAAGUUCUCAACUGAGAUGUAUCAGAUAAAGUUGCAAACUCGAGAGAGAUUGAAGAGACUCAAGAUUUGUAAAGAAGCAGAUUGUGUGGUCUCUGGAGCUGAUAUUGAAACUAUACAGCAUAUAUACUUUGAUUGUUUGUAUAGUAGUAGGGUGUUACAAGAACUUAAGACAUUGUUACACUGGAAUACUUCAGCUACUUCUUUAAAAGGUUUAAUAAGAAGUCUCAGCCGUAGCAGUCAUAUUCGAUUCAAGAAGAGAGUAUUUGCAGUCACAAUCGCUGCUAUGGUGUAUCAGAUCUGA